AUGGCUUCUCGAUCUUCUCGCUCUCGCCCCGACUACGACGACCCUCGCAUCUCGAGACAAGCAUAUCCAGACCCCCGGGCAGGUCUGAACGACGACGCCUACGAGUAUGUCGGCUCCGAUGCCAUCCCAGACCCACCAUCUCACACAUUUGACAACGACGAACGUCGCUCGUCCCGCCGCCACAGCCCACCGCGGAGGCACAAGUCGCAUAGAUCCUCAACUUUACCAGCCAAAUAUGCCGAUGACUAUCCUUCACCGCCAAAAUCGCGGCGGGCCGAGUCCCCUGUCCCGCGUGCUUCACGACACUCGGAUUCUCCCCCACGGCACCGACGUUCACGGCACGAGACAGCACCUGCACCAAGACGAUCUAGAGGAGAUGUUGUGGUGGAACCUCCAGUGGUAGCCAAGAACGACAAGGCUGGUCGCUGGCAGGACCGACCAGCUGUCAAGAACAUGAAGACGUACGGAACAAAAGGCCUGCGGACCUUUGGUGAUAUCGUGGAGGCUUACGCGGCGGCGCAAGCGGGAGGCGCCGCCGCUGGCAGAGGCCGAUCAGAGGGACGGGGCUACGAUCGCUAUGAUGAUUAUCAUGAUGAUCGCUACGACAGACCGGCUCGUCGCAGCAGGCGGCAAUAUUCUCCAUCCCCGUCCCCUUCGCCGCCGCGGAGGAGUGCAGCCAAGCGGAGCGACCGACGAAAAUCCACUGCGAAUGCCAAGGAGAGGUCGUAUAGUACCUCGCCUCCCCCUAAAAGCAGAGGCUACAACUCCGAUGAUGACCGCCGCCACCGCCGACGUAGUCGCAGAUACUCGCCCAGCCCUAGCCCAUCUCCGUCACCAAGAAGACGACGUGGUCGAUCAUACUCGCACGCUGACGAUGCAAGUCUGCGUUCGACCAGGUCUCGGUCAGAACACCACCCACAUAUGAAGCAUUACAAGAACGAGAUGAGAGCCCCCAACCCAGAUGUAGCGCAUCGGUGGCAGUUGGCUGCUCGGGCUGCGCUUGAGGCCGGUGGUGUCACGGCAUUCCGCUUGCGCAAGGAGCCCGGCUCCUGGACUGGCCCAAAGGGUGCCAAAGUUGUUACGGCCGCCCUAGGAGCCGCCGCUAUCGACUCAUUUGUUGACAAGGACCCUCGACGUACAAAGACAGGCGGCAUCAAGGGUAUGGCCGAGAGUGUCGUUGGCGGCAUGCUGGCAAGCAAGAUCAUGGGUGUCCCAUCCGGCAGCACGCGCUCAGGCAAACCGAGGAAAUUUUAG